CACUUAGAUGGGCGUGACGUCACCAUUAACGUUAUCAGGGCUCCAUAUAAACAUGUGAUCGUCUCGUUCCUCUUCACUUUCGCUUCAAACUUCACUCCCUACAGUUGAGCCGCUGCUGCUCUUCAUUUCACCCGUCUACGCCUUAUUCAGAUUGUGUGGAGACAAGAUGGCGCCCCGUGCUACUCUCCUGCUGGCGGUGAUGCUGGUGGUGCUCGUUGCCCUCGCCCAGGGUACAAGUCCUACGCGUCCAGUGGGAAGGUUAUGUGGACGGUACUGCGGCAGGAACUUGAGACCAGUGUGUGGGAGUAAUGGGCGGACUUACGGAAAUGCUUGUUUAUUGGAGAAUGCCCGUUGCGCUGACAGCUCCAUCAGCCUUCACCACGAAGGAGCAUGUACAGAAAGAAGAGAAGGAGGAACAAGGAGGUUGUGCGCCCGCUACUGCGGCAGUAUUGCUCAACCCGUGUGUGGAUCUAAUGGGGUGACCUACUACAACCAGUGCAUGCUUGAGAUUGCUCAGUGCAACGACGACACUCUUGUCCGUGCCUCUGAGGGUGCAUGCGCAGAAUAAACUUGGAGGAGCGAGUGAUCGAUUGCCCCUAUUGACCAGACGCGUUGCAUGGACAUUCUGGUGAUAAAUUUAGCGCAGUAGCUGAUCUCAUUUCAUUACAAAACUUGAUACUGAAGCAUAUCUACUUGCAAGUACUAGAGAGUACCGUAAUUAUUUUUUUGCUUCAUAACUGUGGUGUGAAAAUAUUUGUUAAUCUAAUUGCAUCGCUAGAAAAAGAAAUUUGUUUUUAGAUUACGAAAUUUCAAACUGUUAUCAUGACCUAACCAAAUCUAUAUUAGCCUGCCAAUAACUAGGCUAAGGUAUAGGUAACAUCAACUAGUUAGGUAUCAGUUAAGGUAUAAGGAACAUCAGUUAAGAGCAAAUGCCUCUGGAUUAUCUCCAGGACUGUGCCGAUAAUUAAGACAGAUUUUAUAUGUCAGGCCUAUGUCAUAAACAAAACUUUAAGACUUAGCUUUAUCUUUCAUAUUUCAUUACUAUCUUUCUAGGUCUAUGUUUAAGUUGUUACAUAUCAGUACUAUCGUCUUUUACUAAUAGUUUAAUUACAUAUUAAAUAAAUAUAUGAUAUUAUAAUAUAGACCAAUUUCUCACUACCACCAGCCACACUUACUGCUGGAAUAUUUUACUAUAGUAUAUUAUCCUUUGGGAAAUUUUAUUAUCCCAAAUUAUUAAAGUUUUAGUAUUUUAAA